AUGUCAGGCUACAUUGUUUAUGUUGCAUUGUUGUUGAGAAUGGCAAAUGAUGUUGAGGAAAAUCCUGGACCCACAAUAUAUGAUGUGGUUGAUCCAACUAAAACAAUAUGUGCUGAUUUUAGCCAGGGAAAUACAAAAAAGUUUCGACAAAAUGCUGGAAAACAAUGUUUGGCAAUGUCCUUGACUGCGAUAAUAUAUAAUCAUAUCACAAAUGCAAAUCAAUGGGAUUCAACUAUAUUAAAUUCCAUAAUGUGUGCUGGAAAUAUCCUUUAUUCGUUCAUAAGCAAUUCUGUUAAGAAAAGCUAUUUGCUUUUGACUGACGUGCCUGAAAUGGUUUCGGUUUUUGAUUGCAUUUAUUGUAUGGAAUAUGGUGACCCGUUUGCUGGCGACUUAUUCAUGGCAAAUAUGACUCUACCUUAUUAUUCUAUAGAUAAGGCUCUUAAUAAUAUAUUUGCAGAAACUCAUUUAAAUUAUCAACAUUGUAUGUUGACUAUUGGUUCUAAUACUGUUGCAAGUUUGAAGACUUCUGAAGGAACCUUCAAAGUAUUUGAUUCUCAUUCAAGAGAUUUAUAUGGGAUGCCACACCCUUUUGGAAAAUGCAUAUUAACAUCUGUUGAUAGCAUAGAAAACCUGGUAAUUUAUUUCCAGAGUACUGUACCUCCAGGUAAUGAAACACCCUUUGAACUCAAAGGAGUAACUGUUCAGUUAAAUUCUGAUAUAACACAAAUAAAUGGACUUGCUUCAAGCCAAAGUGCAAAAGAGUGUGUAAAACAAAAACGUUCAGAAGAAACCAAAAGUAAGAAACAAAGUAGACUGGAAAAUGCUCGAAAGUAUAAAAAAGCAAAGCAAGCAGCAGAAACUGACAAACAAACUAGACUUCAAAAUGUUAGUGAUUAUAAAAAAGCAAAACAAGUUGUAGAAACUCAAAGUGAGAAACAAACUAGACUUAAAAAAGCUACAGAGUAUCGAAAAGCUACAGAGUAUCGAAAAGCAAAACGAGCUGCACAAACUGAAAAUGAAAAACAAAGUAGACUUGAAAAUGCUAGGGAGUAUAGAAAAGCAAAGAGAGCUGCAGAAACUGAAGAUGAGAAAGAAACUAGACUUGGAAAAGUUAGAAAUUAUGAAAAAAGAAAACGAGCACAAGAAACUGAGAUUGAAAAGCAAGCUAGACUCGCUAAUCAAAACAAGAGAAAACGUCUGCAUGGUUCUACUCAAAUUACAAGUCAGCAAGAUUAUUUAAGCAAAUUUGAUAUUGAAAAAGAUGGUAGUAUUCAUGAACAGAGUUGGGCAAAAUUUAACAUUAAUAAAUUUUCUAAAUCUACUGAAUUCUUCAUUAGUCAAUGCACUAUAUGUAAAGAAGCCUGGCCACUGAACUCCAAACCAAGGUCACCUGAUUGUUAUAUAUGCUCUCGAUGUGCUCGAGACACAAAAUCUCCUAGAAAGUUUUCACUUGAAAAUUCAAUGAUUCCUUCUCCAGUGCCAACCGAGUUACAAAAUUUAACACAAAUAGAGGAAAUGUUGAUUGCUCGUGCCCUUCCUAUCAUGAGAGUUUACAUUAAGCCUGGUGGACAACGAGGUUACUCAGGUCAUUGUGUUAAUUUGCCACAAAAUGUUAAGGAACUUGCAACAUCAUUGCCAAGAUAUCCCAAAGAUUUGUCUGUGAUUAUUGUCAAAGUCACAGGUAAAGAUAACUCAUUUAGAGAUGUUGCUGUGAGAAGAGAAAAAGUACAUAAUGCAUUAUUAUGGCUUUUGCAAAAUAAUCCUCAUUAUGCUGAAUUACAAAUUAAUGAAGAUGCAUUAAACUCUUUACCUGAAAAUGGCAUUCCAGCAGAUCUCAUGACUGUUGAGACUGAAAAGGAAAUAAUCUCAAAUGAUGAUGUUAUGUCAGAUUUAGGUCCACCUACUGAAAACCCUUCUGAAGAUAUAGUUUAUAACAACUCGACAGACAUGAAUACUUUCUUGCCUGUUGGUGAACAGCAUGAACAAGAAAUAGAAGCAGUUAGAAAUCAGCUUUCUCCAAAUGAACCAAUGCCAUGGCCUGCCAUUGAAAGUGAACCAUUGAAUGAAUAUCAGAUAUCACAUCUAGCCACUAUGGCUUUUCCAACAUUAUUUCCUGAUGGGAAAGGUGAUCCCACUAAUCAAAGCAUCUUGAGGAAUGUUCCUCUUCAAGAAAGAAUUAAGCAUCUUUUGAAAUUUGCUGAGUUUAUUGAUAGUAAUUGGGUAUACCGUUUUGCUAACCACCCUAGAUUUUCAUACUGGGCGUUUAAUAUGAUUCACAGAAAGCGUAUUCUACAACAAAGUGGAAUAUUCAUUAAACAAAAUCCCGGUGAAGCACACCUCACUAUUGAUGAGCUCCGUGAAAUGGCUGCAAGUGACAACUCUGCUUUAUUGAUGUCCAAAGUGUCCAGAUACAUUGGCAAUAUUGCAGGUACUAAUGCUUACUGGAAUAAAGUGAGAGAGGAACUCAAAGCUAUAAUAACAAAUGUUGGAGCACCAACAGUGUUCUUUACUUUCUCAUCAGCAGAUAUGCACUGGCCUGAAUUACAUGCCCUCUUUGGAGCAAACACUGGUAACGCCACUACUGAGGCAAGGAGACAAAAUGUUAUUAACAAUCCACAUAUAGUUGAUUGGUUCUUUACACAGAGACUAGAAAAGUUUGUUCAACACUGGCUUUAUGAUACACUUGGUGCAAAAUGGCACUGGUUUCGAUAUGAAUAUCAAGGUAGAGGUAGUAUUCAUUGUCAUGGUACUGCUAAACUUAAUAAUGACCCAGGUUUGUGUCAACUUACUCAGACAGCUUUAAAAGGAUUUUUAGCUCAAAAAUUUAAAAAUGAAAAUGAUUGUUCUGAGACUACUGAACUAGACCAGGAUAUUGAAGCUGGUCAGAAAGCAGCUGACACAGUAUGUCAGUAUGUUGAUUGGUUAUUAUCAACCGUCAAUCCUAAUCCACCAGAUGAGGACAUGUGGAUAAGACCCGAGGUUCAUCCAUGUCAACGAAGUCAUCAUGACAUUCCUGAACAUGAAAAACAAUCAGAUUAUGUAGAUCUAUUAAACAUGGUUCAACGACACACUCGUUGUAGCACAAGUUAUUGUCUUAGAAAGAAGUCAAGUGAAACAGAGUUGAAAUGUAGAUUUCAUUUCCCUUUUGAUAAUUGUCCGAAGACAAAAUUAGAAUUUGAAAAAGUUCAUACUUCAGGUGAUAAUGAGCAUUAUCGAGCUAAGAUUGUGACUAAACGAAAUGACUCUAGAUUAAAUAACCAUCAACAACUUCAGCUCCAAGGAUGGAGAGCUAACUGUGAUAUUCAGGUUGUUAUUGAUCACUAUGCUUGUGUUGAAUAUCUCACAAAAUAUGCAGCUAAAGGUGAGCCAAGAUCACCUAUAUUAAAACAGGCAUUCAAUUCUAUUGUGCAAAAUGUUGACAGUAAUACUGACCCACGUAGAGUUAUUAAGAAGGUAGUUAUGAAAUCUCUUGGUGAAAGAGAUUAUGCAGCUCAAGAGACCAUGCAUCAUUUAUUGUCUUUAAAACUCCACAGCUCAUCCUUUAAAGUGAUGCCAGUUAGUCUAAAUGGUUCACGUAGAGUGCGUGAUACUGCAAGUAUUGACGAGGGUGAAUCGUGCACCGAUUAUUCACUUCUUGAUGUGUAUGCUAAUCGUGAACAAUAUGACAGUUCACAAAAUAUAAUAAAUAUGAACUUUGUUCAGUUUGCUACAACAUACAAAGUUGUUAACAAUGAACUGACAAAAUUGCCAGAGAAUGUUAUACCACGAAUAUUUCCAACAUAUUCUCCUAAUCCCAAAGGUCCAAAUUUUGCCCUGUAUUGUAAAUAUCAACUUUUGAGGUAUAAACCGUGGAGAACAACCCAAAAUAAUGCAUGGGGUGACCAAGAACCAACUGACGAGGUUCUGAUCAAUUGUUGGCAUGAAUUUUUACAAACACCUUAUGGGCAGUCUAAUGUUCCAGACUGGUUUGAUAAAUUACAAGCUGUCAUUCAAACUCAAGAAUCAGAAGAACCUUCUGAAGAACAGGAGCCAACUCGAGAAGAGUGGAUGAUAUUAUCAGACCUCAACACUCCUUUUGACAACUCUGAACAAACACCAGAGUCCACAUAUGACUGGCAUCUUGACAGAGCCAAUUAUUCUCAACAACAAAUCCAAGAAAUGCCAACAUGGAUAAAAACAAACAAAGAGGAAUACACUAUUGAUGAGCAAUAUGAUGUUGUUGACAUCAACAGUUUUAGUGAAAUGCAAAAACUUGCUUAUGAUAUUGUUAAGUCUCAUUUUGAUGAUAUAUCAUCUGAGAAAGAGCCAUUAUGUCUCAUUAUAAAUGGUGUUGCAGGAACUGGUAAAAGUUACCUUAUUAAUGCUAUUAGAAAUCUUUUGCAAAGUAAAUGUGCUGUUGCUGCUACCACAGGUAAAGCAGCUUAUAACAUUAGAGGUGUAACUGUGCAUUCUCUAUUAAAGUUACCUAUAGGAUCAAGAGGUAAAAAAGACCUAACAGGACAAAGCUUGUGUAGGUUACAAGAGAGUGUUAAUAACAUUGGAUACAUCAUUAUUGAUGAAUACUCCAUGCUUGGCCAAGUUACUUUUGGUUGGAUAGACAAGCGUUGCAAACAAGCAACUGGUUAUAAUGACAAAGUUUUUGGAGGAAAAUCAUUGAUUUUAACUGGUGAUCCAGGUCAAUUGCCACCAGUAGCAGAUAAACCUCUUUACCAUGCUAGACCAUCAAACGCUGUUGGUGAACAAGGUCAUCAAGCAUAUCAUAUGUUUGACAAAGUUGUUAAACUCACUGUAAAUCAACGUGUGCAAGGUAUGACAUCUGAGCAAGUGCAGUUCAGAGAUUUGUUAUUACGACUUCGCAAAGGCAACUCAACAGUUGAUGACUGGAAGUUACUUCUGACACGUCAACCAUCGAAUGUUACUAAUUUAUGUGACUUUGAAGAUUCUACUAGACUCUUUUAUAGUAAUGAACAAGUUGCUAAUUACAACCAUGAGCAGCUAACAAAACUUGAGCAUCCAGUUGCUCAUAUUAAUGCUCGCCAUUCAUCAGCAUUUGCAAAAAAGAUAUCCUCAGAUGAUAUGUCUGGGUUAGAACCUGUUGUGUUUCUAGCAAAAGGUGCUAGGGUCAUGUUAACCAUGAAUUUGUGGUCAAGUGUUGGUCUCUGCAAUGGUGCUACUGGGACAGUUGUUGAUAUUAUCUAUCAGAACAACCAUCAACCACCUGACUUACCUAUUGCGGUAAUAGUAGAAUUUGAAAACUAUAGAGGACCUGUUUUUAAUGAAAACCAACCAUUGUGUAUCCCAAUAUAUCCAAUCACUGUCACAUCACAGACAGAAAUAGGUUUCCAUGAGAGACAACAGUUACCUCUUAGGCUUGCUUGGGCUCUAACAAUACACAAGAGCCAAGGACUUACACUUCCAAAAGCAUGGAUAGAUAUUGGCAAAUCUGAAAGAACUGCUGGAGUUUCCUAUGUUGCUAUUAGUAGAGUAAAAUCACUUGCAUCUUGUGUCAUUGAACCUAUGACGUAUGAACGAUUAACAAGCUUGAAAUCAUCAGCUAACUUACAAUAUAGGCUUGAAGAAGAAAACAGGCUAGAUCAGUUAGCACAGGCUACUAGCAGUGCAUUUAUUUAG